AGAUUGUGCGCAUGUGUGAGCACGUGGUUUCUUCCCAUUAACUCCUUAAACACGUUCCUGCUUCCGGGAAGAAGACCCCUGCACCUGUUUACUUUUAUCUUGGAUUUUCAGGUGCCUUCUAUCAUCAUGAAUCGCGUUUUUGUUUACGGCUCCUUAAAGAGGGCCCAGCCUAACUACCCUUACAUGACAGACAGUAACAAUGGAAAGGCGGAGUUCCUCGCCACAGCAGUCACUGUCCAGAAGUACCCACUGGUGAUCGCCACUAAGUACAACAUCCCCUUCCUCCUUAACCUCCCGGGACAAGGCAAUAGAGUCCAUGGGGAGAUCUACAGAGUGGACGAAAAGAUGCUGGAAUAUCUGGACUGGUUUGAGAAGGUCCCCAGCAUGUACCAGCGGACAGCUGUAGAGCUGGAAGUCAAUGAGGUGGUGGACAGAGAGGAGAAGGAGGAGAAGCUAUCACCUGGAAGCAUCACAGAGGCGUUUGUGUACAGCACCACAACCUACCAACCGGACUGGCCCUCGCUGCCGACAUACGAGAGCUACGACUCCAACGGAGAUCAUGGCCUAAAGUUUGUACUGAGGGAAGACCGAAAAUAGGCCUCUGCCCGAUGAAGUUAGACUUCUACCUCUUUGCAAAUGAGUAAUGAACUGUUACUGCCCUUAAACCCAGAGAAAGGGGAUCAAGAGUUCCUGCUGCUGAGAUUGGGUGAAAGGAGACACUAUUGAUAGAACUGAUGAAAUAGUCUGUUUUUAGAACUGUGUUAGUGUCCUUUUUUAUAGCUCCUUUGUUUUGUAAAGCCUGAUUUUCUGUAAGAUCUCUAGUUUGUUUGUUCAAAAAGUGAUCAGAAAGUCUAUGUUAUCUUUUUAUGACCAAUUUCCUAGGAGACAAUUAACUAUAAGCUGUAGAGCUGUAAAGUUUGAGUCAU